AAUUGAUACCGACAACAUGCCUCUCGACAAGCUGGAGAACAACCGAGCAGUGCAGAUGCUGAACAAGGCAGCUGCAGGCAAAUACGGAGUCCUCGGAGUAGUAUCCUACAAUCUCGAAACCAUCGUUGCAGUAAUCCGUGCAGCGGAAAAGAAACGAUCUCCAGUUCAAAUCCUGCUCUUCCCAUGGGCACUCAAGUACUCUCCCCUCUUCAUCGACCUCGCCGCCAAUGCCGCCCGCAAAGCCACCGUGCCCGUCACCGUGCACAUGGACCACGCUCAAGAUCCCGAAGUGAUUAAAGUGGCAGCCAAGAUGCGGGCGGCAGACGGGACACCGUCCUUUGAUUCCAUCAUGGUGGAUAUGAGCCAUUAUGAGAAAGAGGAGAAUUUGGCCAAAACGAAAGAGCUGGUCGCGUUAUGUCACGCUGAGGGGAUUUCUACGGAAGCGGAGCCGGGUCGAAUCGAAGGCGGGGAAGACGGCGUCAAGGAUACUGCUGAGCUCGAGGGCAUGAUGACGACGGAAGAAGAAGUCGAUGACUUUAUUGCGACGGGUAUUGACUUUUUGGCUCCUGCGUUUGGAAACGUUCAUGGAGACUAUCAUGGUGUGGAGAAUAUCCAUCUGGAUUAUGACCGGUUAGAGACGAUCCACAAGAAAGUUGGCGGAAGGGUGCAGAUUGUGCUGCACGGAACGAAUGAGUUCCCACCAGACAUUAUGGCUAAAUGCAUUGAACGUGGCGUCACACGGAUCAACGUCAAUAAGCUUGUGCUUGACAAAUAUAACAAGUACACGACUGAUAACUGGGGCAAAGCGCCUUUGACACAACUCAUGGAGAAAGGCACGGAUUUGAUUCAAGAACUUACCGAAGGAUGGAUGGAUGCCAUCGGGAGUUCGGGCAAAGCGUAGGCUUCAGACCACAUAUGGCCACAAACAGACAUGAAACAGUGCAGCUUCA